GAUUAUCAUUUGCGAAUCUUCUGGCAGCCUGUUACUCAAUUGAUCUUUUAAAAAAAUCAAGAAUCAAAUAAGAAAGAAACGUGCAAAAAGAGGAAGUAAAGUGAACAUUAUUUUGAUAAAGAAUGGAUUUAAAAGAAGAGGACGAAAGCGGUAACGAGGGCAGUAGACAAUUAUUUUUGGUUGGUGCACCCCGCGACCCUUUGGUAUCCACCGGUGCGAUCGUCGCCUCCGGAGGAGCUAACGACGAGAUCAAUUCUGGAGGAGAUCUACAGUCAACUGCUCUGGCCGGUCUGAUGAGCACACAAUCUUCCUCCGUUUGCUUUCCUACAAAAUUCACAUACGAUUUUUCGCCAAGUUCUGGGAACGAAGAUAGACAAUCGUCCGGAGGAACUGGCAAAAGAAAGCAAAGAAGAUAUCGUACCACUUUUACGAAUUUUCAAUUAGAAGAAUUAGAAAGAGCGUUUCAAAAGACACAUUAUCCUGAUGUUUUCUUCAGAGAGGAACUUGCUCUAAGGAUAAAAUUAACUGAGGCUAGGGUUCAGGUAUGGUUUCAAAAUAGACGAGCUAAAUGGCGAAAACAGGAAAAGCAGUGCAAAGUUACAACUCACCUAACAUCUUAUCUUCCCUCGUCGGAUUGUCAAGAAGUACAACAGCAACAACAAUCCGAUCAUUUAUUACUGGAACCACCGCUAGGCAGUCCACCACCUAUUUACCUUGGAAUGGAGUGGGCUGGCUUUUCACCUUAUAGCAACACAGCCACAGCUUCUCCUCUUGUAGUUAAUGGUAUGAAUAAGCCACCGGAACAAGAAACGGAUGAUAAUCCAUUACUAGAUCCUGAGCUUUUACAAUUGAAAACAUCGCGUUCUUAAUGAUACAAACUACUGGCAAGUAAGAAAAAAAAAAAAAGAAGAAAAAAAAAUCUCGUAGUUUCCUAAUUCGAAAACACCAAUCUACAUAACGCUCUUCGAUUAAAAUAAUUAAUAAAAUAAUCUUAUAUAAGUGCAGCAAUACAAUUAAUCAAAGAAAAAUGUAUUGUAUUUUGUGCAAUAUAUUAUUAAGAUGGAAUUAAGUGGUCCAAAAAAGGUACCUCGAAUGUGUCUCAAAAGUAACUAGAGACUGA